AUGACCAAAGGAAAAAUUGUAAGUGGUGGCUCAUUGGCAUAUAUGCUAGCUCGGGGGACUAGGUUAGAGGGAAAUAGUGGGACAUUAUUAGCCAGAGGAAAUGUAUUUGGGAAAAAAAACUGGAUUCUAGCAGGAGAUAUGAAGGAUAAAGUGUCAAAUGCAGAAAAAUGGGGAGAAAGUAAAAGGCCUAAAUCUAGCUUUAGAGUUUUCAAGAUCUUUAUCAGAAAUAAUCAGCUUUCAGAAUUGGGAUUUGAGAGGGAGCCAUGGACUUGGUGUAAUAAAUGGGAUAAUGCAGGAGAGGUAAAGGAAAGACUGGAUAGAAUUCUGAUUGAUAGUGGAUGGAAAGAGACCUAUGAAAGGGCAAAGUGCACUCACAUUCAUGUUGAAGCAUCAGAUCAUUGUAUGAUGUUGUUGGAAACUGAACCAAUAAGACGAAAUUGGAAAAGGAGAUUCUAUUUUGACAGGAAAUGGCUUGAAUAUAAAGAAGUGAGAGAGGUAAUUAAAAAAGCAUGGGGGAACAAGCAAGAGGGAUCAAGAUUUUUUAGACUCCAGAACAGAAUCAAAGAAUGUAGAUUUGAGCUCAUGAGAUGGAAUAAAAAGUUGAAGGGUAAUGCUAAGAAGGGCAUUGAGGAAGUAAAGCAGAAAAUCAUAGAUAUCAGGAAUGUAGGGGGGCCUAAUACAAAAGAGGAUAUCAGUUAUCUGCAGAAAAAGCUUGCUAAUGCCUAUAAAAAAGAGGAAGUCUUCUGGGGACGAAAAGCUAGAGUAAAAAGGCUUCAAGAGGGAGACAAGAAUACAAGUUAUUUUCAUGCUAUGGUUGAAGCUAAAAGAAGGAGAAAUAAAAUAUCUACACUUCAAAAGCAGAAUGAAAAUUAG